ACUGAGCACAGGUUGAAGUGUCCACACACACCCGGACAGACCCACUGUACGUGGGAUUCCUGUCCUGGGAGUCCAGGAAGAGGAACUUGACAGAGAAAGAGAGAGCCAAGUGUUUUCUGCCCUUUCAACUCAUUUCUGAUUUGACAGGAAAACAAUCGUGGAAAGCUCCAAAAUGUUUUUCAGAGUCCCCAGAUUGACUCCGGGCUACAUCCGGCUGCUGCAGACCCAGGCCUAUCAUAAUGUCGCUGUGGCACCCCCCGCUGAGAGGUCCAUGCCGGGCAUGGCGAUGCUGCUGGGGGCUGUGGGGAUCGGCUUGUGCGGCUACAGCGCCAGGCAGUUGGCCCUCUACCACCGGCCCUCCUCCAGAGUGCUGCAGUGGGUUGGUACCCACACUGAUGCCAGCAUGGUGGGCAAUAGGAUCCCCCUCCUGGACGUCAAUCGCAGGGGCGGUGCCUGCCAGGAGAUCCCACCUCCCAACUUUGUGGGACAGAAAGUCUUCUUGAAAUAAUAACCUUUGCUUGCUAGGUUUCAUAGAAUAACCAACGUCAUAGGUUGAGCUCCAGUAACUACACUUAAGCACGAUGAAAGAUUGUAGCUAUGCUGGCCCCAAGUGUGGCCCAUGUGCUCUCUGACAAAGUGCAAACUUCGAUACUAGCCUGACCUCAACCGUGAUGUUUGCGGAAAGUUGAACCUCUUCUAGUCAUGAUGAAUUCUGUAACACAAAAUAUAGAAAUAGUUGACAUGCUAUUUGAUGGUAUCAAUUACUCACUAAUAUUAGAGUCUUUAAUGCACUGAGAGGGCAUGAAGCAAUAUGAACGCGUAUGUAAUGAUGCUGGAACUUCCCAAAAACUGAAUGUAGCUUGAAGAAGCCACCAUGUUUAAUUUGAAGACAUUGUGUUUCUUAUUGAGGCUUGGUGUAAAAAUAGUCUGUUGCUUGGCAGUGCCCUCUGUACACAGAUGGUUGGCAACUCUAUCUAUGUGUCCCCCCCCACCCCCACCCACCCACCCUUCACUCCCCAGGCAGAGAGCCAUGUGUAAGUGCUUGGGCACCCCAUCUAUGCCUAAGUCUUUCACUUAUUUCUUCUGAGGAGAAGCAGGUGCCAUCCAUCAACAGGCCUCAGCUUUUGUUGGCGCGUUCUGGCCAUGGGCUGUCAAUCAUAAGACGCUGUGUUGGACAUGAAUGAGCGAUUUCCUGUGUUCCGAAAAAUGAAAUCCCCCCCCAAUGGUUUGGUCAGGGUGGAUUGAGACUAGAAGAGUGGAUGCACAGUUUUGUGGAUUGAAAAUAGUUAUUUGAGAUACCUGAGUCUGUCAUGUAAACAUUACUUUCACAACAGCACAAAUACACCUUACUGGAUUAUGAGACUUUAUUUACUUGCGGAUGGCAGGCAGGCAAUGCACUACAGUAGGAUUCCUCCUGGAUAAGCCUGUGUUCUCUCCAGGGAUUAACCCAGGUGGAAAAUCAUUCCUGGCACACAUACUCCUUCACCUAAUCUGGAAUUAGAGACAAUGACCCGUGAGAGGCAGACAGUCCCUGUGUGUCCUAACUUUGUACCAUUCCCCCUGCAGCGUCCACCAUUCUUCUCAUUGCCAUACGUAGCUGUAUUUAUUAUAGGAUUUGUGUUAACACCAAAAUUGAAGUAGUGCAAAGGGCACUUGAGAUUUGGCGUGACGCUGAGUGUGGUUGAGAAUGCGUGCUGUGCCUUAUGGAGAGCACAGGGUCAAACUGUCAUUAUCUUGAAUUUGAAUAUUUGAAAAUCUACCCCAUGUAGAUUUUGUGUUUGUUAUGCUGGGGAUGUCAGUGCGAAGUUUUCAAAGGGAGAGUUUCAUUUUUUAAGAAGGAUUCUGGAAAUCGCGAAUAAGGAGGAUGGUGAUUUGUUUUGUUUUGGUGAUUUAAGUUAAGUGUUUCAUCCCUUAGAGGUCAGCCAGGCCCUGCAAUCCAAUGUUCCAUUGUUUAAAAGCCAUCCUUGCCCGCCUGCCAAAUUGACCAGCGGCUAGUUGUGGCAGGUUGGGAGCUUUUAGAGCCCCAAUAGUGGCCCUCCAGAAACUUAGCACAGUAGGUCACUAACAAAAUGGUUGUAAGCCACUUACUAGAGGAGGCUAAUGGCUCCAACUGGCAUCAGACACCGAAUGAACAAUUGGUCACCUUGCUCUGGACAGAAACUGACCAUUUCAUAAUGGGAUUGUGAUGGUCUCAAAACAACAGGAUACUCAUACCAUAUACACCUGAAGUAAAAAUGCAGGGUAAAUUGGGACUUUUAUGACAGACAGAUUCAGAUAGAUGUGCUGUAUAACUCCAUUAAUCUUGACCUGUUCUUUAAACCAAAACUGAAAGUAUCUGGGACGCCGGCACAAACUGCAUUUGAUGGUUCUUUUCAGGCAUUGGAGGCUUUGUAAUGCACCUGGCUGCUUCUGGUUGAUUCUCUUUAUAUACUGCAGUGGUGCACAGUGAGCACAGAGCACUGUGAAAACCUAUUGAUCUCAAUCAGAGUGUGAGGGAGUGCAUGUCGCCUCACUGCAGCAAAUGUCCCGUUUCACUAAGCAUUGUGCAGCGAAUGAGGGAGCACUGCCAAUACAAUGCACUGACAAAAAAAAAAGAAGGAAUAUCUGAAAAUGUGUUUGCUUUUGGAAUACAAUACAAUUAAUCUGUUAGCUUGUGGGGUGUCUGUCACAUCAGUGCUCAUUUAUUUCAGUCUGGAAAGGUCUGCAAAUUAAAAUUCAGCUGUGCCCAAUAAAGGCGAGAAUUGUUCCGUUAGUAGUGUGAUUUAUAUGUAAUGAAAAGAUUUUGGAAGAGUUUGAUGAAAUAAAAGCAUUUGGCAAA